AGUGAUAGAUAAUAGAACAUUUGGAUAUCAGAAUAUUGUGAAAAUAAAUGUUCGGAUAAAGGAAUCUUUACUGUAUAUACUACUUGUUUACUUCUCUCUUCCGCGCAUAAUCCUUGUGUGUGUUGUGUUAUCCCCUUUCACAACACACUCAUACUAGUGUACAAUUGCUGCUGGAAUUUCCAAGUUGGAAAUUAUGUUUGGCUUGAGUCCGGUAAUUCCAGAUAUUCUUAUGGUUAGUAUACGACCAGCGGGUACCAGUUGAGGAGCUGAAUCGUGACUUUCAAAGUUUCCUCCAUUAAUAUGAAAAAUAUUGUAAUAGCACUUUUUUUAACAAUUAGUGUACUAAAAACUGGACAUGGGCAAAGUUGGUAUUGUGGGUGAGUUUAAAUACUCCAAUACCAUUAAUUUUUUUUGCCUGGAUACAUUUCGAUGUAAAAAUGGAGAAUGUAUAGAAAGUACAUUAUUAUGUGAUGGACGACCAGACUGCAGGGAUAAAUCUGAUGAAACAACAGCUGAAUGUUCUAAACGAGGCAUUAUAUGCCCAUAUACUACAUUUCGCUGUGGAUAUGGUGCUUGUGUAGAUGGGGAUUCAACUUGUAAUGGAGUAAUAAAUUGCAUAGAUGGCUCAGAUGAAAACCCAACAUUAUGUCGAACAAUUUCAUCACCUACAAACUAUCCAGAACCACCAGCAACAUCUAUGGUAACAGAUACUGUCACUUCUUAUGUGCCAUCAGUAACUUGUAAAACACCACCACAACCACGAAACGGUGAUUGGAAAUUGCAUGAAUCACAAUGCCAAUCUGGAGAGCACUGUCAUGUCGGACAAGACUUUCAGUUUCAGAAAGGAACACAUUUGGUCUACAGUUGUAAUCGUGGAUUUAAGAUUAAAGGUUCUACUGAUGUAUUCUGUAGUAUACAUGGUGUAUGGUACAAAAUUCCUGAGUGUGAAGAGGUAUACUGUACAAAUUUAAAUUCAGCUUCAGUAGUUGCUGAUUGCAAAUACCCUGGUCGAGAUUAUGUAUCAUGCGAUUCAUCUAGACCUGGUACAAUAUCAACUCUAAAAUAUCGCGACGGUUAUGAUGGCAGAACACUGUCAUUACCCACAACUGUCAAGUGUAGUGAUAAUGGUGAAUGGAUUCCACAGCCACUAGGAUGUGAUUCAGGUCCGCUAAUAAAUAUAUUUAUUAAUUGGACUUCACAUGGUGUAAUAACACACAAAGCAGAAAAUAAUUUUAUUGGAAUAGAAAGGCUAAAUGAUAAAAUCAUUAUAUAUCAAAAUAAAGAGGAACUAUUUAAACCAGACAUUGAUGUUAGGAGUUUAGCAUAGAAUUAUUAUUCCACGAUAACAUAGCAUAAAUAAUAUUUGUACGUAUAAUCAAAAAUUAUCAAAAUUAUUUCCAGAGACUGAAAUUAAUGUUUUAUAC